AUGACUUUGAAGGUUGGAAUCAUUGGUGCAGGCAUCGGUGGGCUCAGUGCCGCCAUUGCACUUCGACGAACGGGAGCCCAAGUUGAGAUAUUCGAGAGAUCCAACUUCAAGGAUGAGAUAGGUGCUGCUAUCACCAUCACUCCAAAUGGAAUGCGCGUCAUUCGUCGUUUUGGUUUUGAUCCCAAAACAGCUCAGGGUGUACAGAGUAAGCAAAUGCGUAUGGUAGAUCCGAACACACUUAAAGAUGCGAUCGUCGAAAACUUCAGUCAGGUUGAAGAUGAUUAUGGCGCGCCCUUCAUGUUCUUUCAUCGUGUGGACCUUCAUACUGAACUGAAGGAAAUGGCGUCAUCGACUGAUGAGUUAUAUCCGGGUUCGCCGGUUAUCAUCAACAAUGGUCGUUCUGUUACCAGCCUUGAUUGUGAGGGCGGAACGAUAUUUUUGGAUAACGGGGAAACUUUUGAGAAAGACGUCGUUGUAGUGGCCGACGGAGUUCGAACUAAGCUCAUCAACGAGAUUACGCAAAAAGACGUACCUCUUGAAGAUAUCGGCUCCUCUUUCUACCGCUGUCUGAUUCCCUUCUCCGAAGUAAACAAAUACCCAGACCUCGCAGCCAUAUUUAAAGACCAAGAUCCAGGAUUCUGGGUCCCCUUUGAUUUAUCAACCGGAACAUUCCUUGUUACCUAUCCAUGCCGAGAUGGGAAAAUGCUCAACGUUGCGUUUCGACACAAGACAAAGGCGGAGAACGAGCAUGCACUCGACUGGAACACUGGUACCAACGUGCAAGAUAUCAUAUCCAUGGUAGGGGGUUAUAAUCCACUGGUAGCUAAGUUGUUUGGUUUGUCGACAAGUGUUUCUGUUCACAAGUUAUUUCGGAGGGAGCCUCUUGACACGUAUACUCGGCAGAGGGCGGUUAUAAUUGGCGAUGCUGCACAUCCCAUCCAACCAACGCAUGCCCAAGGUGCAGUUCUUGCGAUUGAGGAAGCAGCAGCAUUAGGAGUUCUCUUCAAAGACGUGGAAAACCCAGAACAAGUUCCGGAGCGUCUAGGCUUAUAUAAUGGCAUUUUGAAGCGCCGGAUCCAUGUCACACAGCUUCUGUCGGAUGCUCAACCUGGGAUAUCUAGUGUACUGCGGAAGCAAGCUGAGGACAUUUGGGGAGAAGGAAUUUUCCCUCCAGAGGCUAUGAACUACACGAAGCCGAUCAGAGACUUUUUCUACGCGUGGGAUGUCAUGGAAGAGUAUAUACUAUUGAUUCCACAACUGAGGAUCACCGAAGGCUUCAUCACGAGUGAUAUCUCGACUACAAUCGGCUCCACAACUGGAUUCAGCUCCGCCGAAACAACUACCGUCGCAACCUCCUCCACUUACCUCUCAUAUGAAGAGUCAAGCGUCAUCAUCACGAAGUCUAUAAGCAUAGAGACAUCUCUGCGCCCCGAGGAAACAUCCACCACCGCCCUGUCGAUCACCGAAGGCAUAACGUCCGAGAUCGCCACGACUGAAGCUGCUACCGUUACCGCCGUGUCGACUACAUCGGCAGCACCGUCGACCAUACCCUUCAUCAGCAAUACUGGGUUCGACGAUGAAUCUUCAUCUCUUGCGCCCUGGGAACUCUACAUCGGCGAGGAUACUGUAUCCAUCGACACUGACGUCAAACAUGAUGGACCCAAUUCUGCUCGCAUCAACAAAGGACAGGGAAUCCUUAAGACGAUGAGUAAGACUAAUUGA